CAGUGUGUAAAAUACUUUACAGAGAAUUAUCUUUUAAAAUUUGGGAUUUCUGAAAAGAGAGUAAAAAUGUCUGCUGAAAAGAAUAAUUCUAAAGUCACAAUUUAUGUGUUCUCAUGUUGGAUCUUAGCUGCCUUUGGUGGUCUCAUGUUUGGUUAUGAUAUUGGUAUUUCAGGAGGAGUUUCUGGCAUGGAUGAUUUUUUGAUAAAAUUUUUCCCAAAUGUGCAUGAAAGAAAGAAACAUGUCAAAGAGAAUAACUACUGUAAAUAUGAUGAUCAAUAUCUCCAACUCUUCACUUCAUCCUUGUACUUGGCGGCUCUUGUUGCGAGCUUUUUUGCUUCAAAGGCCGCCACUAAAUUAGGGAGAAGGGUUACCAUGUUGAUGGCUUCAAUUGUUUUCAUCGCCGGAGCUGGCUUGAGUGCCGCCGCGAAUAACAAAGUGAUGCUCAUUUUUGGUAGAAUUUUGUUUGGUAUUGGUGUUGGCUUCGGAAAUGAGACUGUUCCACUAUUUCUAACUGAAGUAGCACCAAUCCAACACAGAGGAGCUGUGAAUAUUCUCUUCCAACUCUUUGUGACAAUAGGAAUAUUCAUUGCAAAUCUUGUCAACUUUGCAACCUCAAAAAGCCAUCCAAAUGGUUGGAGAUUAUCACUUGGCUUUGCAGCUAUCCCUGCAGCGGUUCUUCUUAUCGGUUGCUUUGUGAUCACUGACACUCCAACGAGUCUGGUUGCGCGCGGCCAUGAGGAGAAAGGCAAGGCCGCGCUCAAGAAGCUCAGGGGUGUUAGCGAGGUUGAGGUUGAGUACCAAGAAAUCGUGAUGGCGGUUGAACAAGCCAAACAAGCUAAGAAUGCGUACAGGAACUUAGCGAAGCCUGCUAGCAUUCCACCACUUGUGAUUUCCAUCUGGUUGCAGAUCUUCCAGCAAUUCACCGGAAUCAACGCGAUUAUGUUUUACGCACCUGUCCUUUUUCAGACUAUGGGUUUCAAGACCAGUAGCUCACUUCUGUCCGCCGUCAUGACUGGACUUGUUAAUGUGGCCAGUACAUUUGUUGCAAUCUUCGUUGUUGACAAGGUUGGAAGGAAAAAAUUGCUCCUCCAAGCUUGUUGCCAAAUGUUAAUCUCUCAGGUGGCAAUUGGAUCUAUUUUGGCAAAACAUUUGAGUGCGACAGGAUCCUUGGAGGGGACACUGGCAAUAAUAGUGGUGCUUCUCGUGUGUACGUUUGUGAUGGCAUUCGCGUGGUCAUGGGGACCUCUUGGUUGGUUAAUUCCCAGUGAGACAUUCCCAUUGGAAACAAGGACAGCUGGUUUCGCGUUCGCGGUCAGCACAAACAUGCUCUUCACUGCUGCCGUUGCACAGGCUUUCUUGACUAUUCUCUGCACUAUGCAAGCCUACACUUUCUUCUUCUUCUCCGCUUGGAUCGUUGUCAUGGGAAUUUUCGCCAUCUUUUUCUUGCCUGAAACUAAGGGAAUCCCGAUUGAUGCCAUGGUGGAAAGAGCUUGGAUGCAGCACCCCAUUUGGAAGAAACUUUUCUAGAAUGCAUGGUUUUUAUCAAAUGGAUUAGAAUAUUACUUUUUGUGAUCAAAUUUGUAUUAGCUUCUUAUUUCUUCCAUUCUCCUUAUCUUCCUAUCCUUUUAUCAAAUUUUGUCUCCAGUUUUGUUCGUAAUAGAAUAAUAUCUAGAGAAGUUAGUGUCAUCUUGCUUAAUACA